UCCAUUCCCGGGGCCAAUCAGAGCGCCCGCUCGGCCCCCUGACGUCAGUCUCCUCUCCCCUCGUCCAAUCAGGCUCGUUGAUAAUACUGUACGAGUCGCCACACGGCAGCUUCUCACUCAGGUAGACGGACCCACAGCUGCACCAAGUGUUAACUCCUCCCAGCCCACCCCCACCAGCCAAUCAGAAUGGAGGUGAACAGUACGGCCACCAUCUUGUCCUCUGCCUUCCUGGCCGUGGAAUAUGUUGAUGCAGUUUUACCUGACAACCCUCUUCAGCCUUCACUACAAUACGCCUGGAGGUAUGUGAAUGAGAACUACACUAAAUUCCAGAUCGCCACCUGGGGUUCUCUCAUCGUCCAUGAGGCCAUCUACUUCCUGUUUUGUCUACCUGGUUUCCUGUUUCAGUUCCUUCCCUUCAUGCAGAAGUACAAGAUCCAACAGGACAAGCCAGAGACGUGGGAGAAACAGUGGAGGUGUUUCAAGAUGCUGCUGUUCAACCACUUCUGUAUCCAGCUGCCCAUGAUCUGUGGAACGUACCACUUCACUGAGUUCUUCAGCAUCCCCUACGACUGGGACAGCAUGCCACGAUGGCCCUACCUGUUAGCUCAGUGUCUAGGCUGUGCUGUGAUAGAGGACACCUGGCACUAUUUCCUCCAUCGCCUGCUACAUCACCGCAGUAUCUACAAGCACAUCCACAAAGUGCACCACGAGUUCACUGCUCCAUUUGGCAUGCAGGCAGAGUACGCCCACCCAGCUGAGACAGUGAUCCUUGGGUCUGGGUUCUUCAUCGGCAUCAUGGUGUUCUGUAACCAUGUGACGUUGCUAUGGGCCUGGGUCGAGUGGGGUUUUCGCCUGCUGGAGACCAUCGACGUACACAGUGGGUAUGACAUCCCUCUCAACCCUCUCCACCUGAUCCCGUUCUAUGCCGGAGCUCGUUUCCAUGACUUCCACCAUAUGAACUUCGUAGGGAACUACGCCUCCACCUUUACCUGGUGGGACAAGAUACUGCACACUGACUCCCAAUACAACAGACACAUAAUGAGCAAGAAAAACCAGUAAACAGACCCUCACACAGACACACGGACGCAGACACACGGACACGGACGGACGCAGACCCUCACACAGACACACGGACGCAGACACACGGACACGGACGGACGCAGACCCUCACACAGACACACGGACGCAGACACACGGACACGGACGGACGCAGACCCUCACACAGACACACGGACGCAGACACACGGACACGGACGGACGCAGACCCUCACACAGACACACGGACGCAGACACACGGACACGGACGGACGCAGACCCUCACACAGACACACGGACGCAGACACACGGACACGGACGGACGCAGACCCUCACACAGACACACGGACACGGACGGACGCAGACCCUCACACAGACACACGGACGCAGACACACGGACACGGACGGACGCAGACCCUCACACAGACACACGGACGCAGACACACGGACACGGACGGACGCAGACCCUCACACAGACACACGGACGCAGACACACGGACACGGACGGACGCAGACCCUCACACAGACACACGGACGCAGACACACGGACACGGACGGACGCAAAUACUCACACACGCAGACAGACACAUGCACACACGCAGACACACAGACACACGGACACGGACGGACGCAAAUACACACACACGCAGACAGACACAUGCACUUAUGAAUGCACGCUUAAACACACUUCCUGAAGGUCAGAACUGGACUCCUGAGUGUGCAAUGCCUUGUGGGAAAAGAACACACUAAAAUAGAGUAGAACAGUCUUGACCAAUAACAUCAGCCCUUGUUUGGUCUUGACCAAUAACAUCAGCCCUCGUUUGGUCUUGACCAAUAACAUCAGCCCUCGUUUGGUCUUGACCAAUAACAUCAGCCCUUGUCUGGUCUUGACCAAUAACAUCCAGGGUUGGGGUCAAAUGCCAUUUCAAUUUCAGUCAAUUCAGGAAGUACACAAACAUUCCAAUUCUAAUUCUCUUCAAUACUUUUAAAUUAGGAACAUUUUUAAUUUGAAUCGGAGUUUGAUUCACUUUUUGAAUCGUCUGGAAUUGAAAUUGACCCUGAUAACAUCAGGCGUGUUGGGGGUUUGAGGCUGGGUUUCUGUAUAAGCACUUUGUGACAUCUGCUCAUGCUUUAUAAAUACAUUUGAUUGAUUGAUUGAUUGAUUGAUUGAUUGUCUGGUCUUGACCAAUAGCAUCAGGCCGUUGUUCCUGAAUAAAAACAUUAUCCUGGUGAGAUGAUUAUUAUUAAUAAUGUGUUUUUCUUCACUGUUCAUUGUAAUUAAACCAUUGUUUUACGA